CUACUGCACUCAACUACCCCCCGUUCUCCGCACUCAUGGCUUCUAAAGUAUUCAUUGUGACUGGCGCCAGCAAAGGCCUUGGCGCAGCCAUCGUUCAGCACCUUUUGGCGCAGUCGCACAAAGUCGUCGUUACGGCACGGUCCGAAACUCUGCUGCAGAAACUUAAGGAGGCACAUCCUACUCAAGUAGAGUAUGUCGCAGGAGAUAUUACAAGUGAAGAUAUUGCUGAGAGGUUGACAACACUCGCCGUCAACUCAUUUGGUAAACUCGACGGCGUGGUCAUCAACCAUGGAGUCUUGGAACCCAAGAGGUUUGCAGACGAGUCGGUUGAGGAUACCAAGCGCUUCUACGAUGUCAACUUGUUCAGCUACGUUGCCAUGGCCAGGGCUAGUCUGAAGGAGGUCAAAAAGACCAAGGGCUGCAUCGUCUGGGUAUCCUCGGGCGCGGCUCUCAAGGCCUACCAAGGGUGGAGCACCUAUGGCUCCGCUAAAGCAGCAGUCAACUCGAUGGCCGCUCACCUCGCUGUGGAAGAGCCUGACAUCACAAGUGUCAGUUUCGGGCCAGGCCGGGUGAACACUGACAUGCAGGCAGUCAUCAGAGAAAAGGGCAAAGACACCAUGGAAAAGGCGAUGCACCAGAACUUCGUCGAUGCCCUCGAGCAAGGCGAGCUGCUCAGGCCAGAACAGCCAGGCAAUGUGAUUGCCAAAUUUGUAGCCAACCCUCUGCAUAAGCUGAGCGGACAAUACAUCAACUGGAACUCACCUGAACUGGCAGCUUACCAGUCAUGAUUUCCUAAAACUUAGUUGCGUUAGCCUAGGGUCAACACAAGAUAGAUGUACAUAACAUUGUGAAAGGGAUAGAUUUGUAGUCAGUCGAAAGAUGAAAAGCUCUUAAUGAUCUCCACAUGAAGAUUCAGUAUUAGCAUGGAAUAUAAGUUUUUUCAUCACAC